UUGAUUUUGCAGCGUGAUUCGUCUGAUAAUGCAAUACCUGAAAGAGAACAAUCUGCACCGGACUUUGACCACCCUUCAGGAAGAGACCACCGUGUCUUUGAACACUGUGGACAGUAUCGAGAGUUUCGUGGCAGACAUCAACAGUGGCCAUUGGGACACUGUGCUGCAAGCUAUCCAGUCACUCAAGCUCCCUGACAAGACUUUGAUAGACUUGUAUGAACAGGUAAGACGUUGUCAUGAAUCUUGUUGGUGUGUUGCAUUUAGAAUGUGUAUGCACCAGAACUGUAUUCACCAGCUAGCUCUCUACUGCUAUGUCAAUAUGCUUUCUGUAAGAUGAGAGUUAAUAGAUUUCUUUGUUGCCCCCAGGUGGUGUUGGAGCUCAUUGAGUUGAGAGAGUUGGGAGCAGCCAGGUCUUUGUUAAGGCAAACAGACCCCAUGAUCAUGCUGAAGCAGACCCAACCAGAGAGGUACAUUCACCUGGAGAACCUACUGGCUCGCUCCUACUUUGACCCCAGAGAGGUGAGUUGACAUCUCCCAACAUUACACCCUGCACAAGGGAGAUAUAACUCCGUAUGCACUAUUUUCCAGGUUAUCUGUCAUGAGUCUGGUUAUCUGUGCAUCAGUUGUGUGCCUGAACAUCCUUUUAUUGAACACCAAAAAAUAACCUUCACUUCACUUGUGUUCCCCCUGAAAUAAAGCAUAAAGAAAUGUCCUAUAGAGUUUUGACUUUGGCAUUUGUAUCUAUUUCUUCCAUUGUCAUUCAGAAAUGACCCCUGGCCCGGUUUCCCAAAAGCAUCUUAGGGCUAAGUUCAUCAUUAGAACCUUUGUAGGAGCAUCAUUAAAUCUCUGAGCUGUGUCCCAAAACCAUUGUUACUAAAGUUGCAUUUGAAAACGCUUGUUAUUUAGAACGGCUAAGUGUGUUGUUAGAUGCAUUUUUUGCCCUUCCGUGUAACUUUAUAUACAGAAGAUCUCCGCUAAACACACAAUCAAGAUGUUUAUGUGUCUCUGUGACCAAUAACAUCAGAAUGAGAUCAACUACAAAUAAAAAGUUGUCAAUGUUUUUGCAAUUGUUACAAACAAGCGAAGGAUAAAAAUAUGAAUUAAAUGAAAACCGAUGACUGUAUUAAAAUAUGAAUACAGUUUAGGCUACAUAGGCCUAUAUAUUGAAAUCAAUUUAAUGUUCAUUAAAUUUAGUUAUAUUUUGCUAAUUGCAGGCUACUGUCUAAUUUUUGCCACAAUAUAUUUAAUGAUAUGUAACAACGUGUGCGAUAAUGUGCCAAAUCUUGAUUUAAUGCAUUAUUAGCCUAUUGGGUAAGCAUUAGAAUAAGCCGCCUCAACAUUUUCAGCCAUAGGUAAUAUCUCUUCAGGAGCUGAUCCGUCGUCAGUAUUGUGGAAUAAAUACAGUGCUGCUUGAAAGAAUGUGAACCCUACAGGGCUGGUCAUUAUUUUGCUAUAAAAUAUUAAAAUAAACAUAUCAAAUCCUUAUCUAAACCCCAAUUCGUAAUAAAGACAUUCCAAGUAAAUGACAGAAACAAAAAAAAAUGAUAUAUUUUCAUUGUUUAUUUAACAAAAGUGGUUUAUUUAACAGAAACUCAGAUUUGAUGUGUGCAAAAAUAUGUGAACCCCUUCAGUCAAUGGCUUGUGGCACCUCCAUUAGCAGUGAUAACUUGGACUAAAUGGCUCCUAUAGCCAGUAAUCAGUCUCUGACAUCUGUUUUGAGGGAUUUUUGCCCACUCCUUACAGAACUCAGCCAGCUUCACGUCCUGCCACAGCAUCUCAAUUGGAUUUAGGUCAGGACUUUGACUUGCCCAAUCCAAAACACAAAUCUUCUUUCUCCUGAGCCAUUCUUUGGAAGAUUUGCAUGAAUGCUUUGGGUCGUUGUCUUGGAGGAAGAUCCAUUUUCGGCCCAGCUUUAGCUCCUUGACUGAUGGCCUGACGUUCUGUUCAAGAAUCUCCUGGUUCCCUUAAUGAUGUGGAGUCUUCCAGGUCCAGAGGAGGAAAAGCAACCCCAGAUCUUGACAUUCCCACCACAAUGCUUGACUGUUGGGAUAAGGUUAUUUUGGUGGUAGGCAGUGUUGGGUUUUCGCCAAACAUAGCAGUGUUGAUUGUGACCAAAAAGGUCAAUUUAUUAUUGUUCUUGGGGAUAUUUUGGAAGGGCGGCCACUUCUAGGCCGAGUCGCUAACAUGUUAAAUGCUCUUCAUUUGUAAAUUAUUUGCCUCACAGUGGACUGAUGGAGCUCAAAUAUUUUUGAGAUGAUUUUAUAGCCUUCCCAAGACUGAUGUGCUCUCACUACCCUCGUCCUGAUGUCCUCUGAGAUCUCCUUUCCUCUCGGCAUGGUGUGCUUUGCAUUCACCUGGAUGGGUAACACCAAACUGACCAGGUUUCUUAUCUCUCUUUAUCAGAGUCCCGCCCAAACUCUUUCCUAACGAUCUCUCCUUUGAUUGGUGCGUUUAGUAGCUAAUUAUUUACCCACCUGAUUCACUUAUUUUUGCACCUGCGCUAAUUCCUUUUUAAUUUUGUUUUUGUACUAGACGCAUGAUUUCCUCUACACCUGUUAUGUCAGAUCAAAAAGACUGGUUCUCAUUAAAUGAAGAUUUCAUGGUAAAAACUGAAAGUCUGUAAUUGCACAAGGGGUUCACAUACUUUCAAGCAGCACUGUAUAAUGCAAUUUUUUAAUGGAGAAAGCUGAUCCGAGAGCGGCGCUGCCUUUCUUUCAAUCCUAUCAGUGUCAACACAGGCCUCAGCGAUGCACUUAGCGAACAUUUUCUCUUCAUGUUUUUUUGGGAAAUGUUACAUCUUUGGCCAUUUGAAAGAAGGGUGCAUCGUUAAAACACUCGUAAGCCUAAGUUCCAUCGCUAUUGGGAAACCGGGCCCGGGUCGGUUUUUGUUGUGGGCUCUUACGAGUUCCUGCAGUCUUGUGUUUGUGUCAUUGCUCAGUGUCUCUGUGCUCUCCUCCCUCUGUGUCCUCCAGGCCUACCCAGACGGAAGCAGUAAGGAGAAGAGGCGCGUAGCCAUCGCCCAGGCCCUGGCCGGGGAGGUCAGUGUGGUGCCCCCCUCCCGUCUCAUGGCCCUGCUGGGACAGGUGGGUGACAUGUUCCUAUACCUCUGGGCAUCCAUAGGGUCUUUUCACGUUAGUUCAGCACAUACAAUCUGAUCUACGACCAGGCUAAUAUUCUGUUGCAGCAGCUUGACAUCUCACAUUUGAGACCACCGAUUAGUAUGUUAACCACCAUCUCUCUCAGUCCCUAAAAUGGCAGCAGCACCAGGGUCUCCUACCCCCGGGUAUGACCAUUGACCUGUUCAGGGGCAAGGCAGCCGUGAAGGACGUGGAGGAGGAGCGCUUCCCCACACAGCUCACCAGACAUAUAAAGGUACUGUAUGCCCAGAUGUGGUACUGUCAGUGUAUUUUAUUAGUGAGGAUGUUUUUUUUUAUGUUACCUCUUUGCCAUGUCUUUCUUACAACAGAGAUUCCUGUAUCUCAAUGGUACUGGCUUGGUUAUGCAAAGGAUAAUUGAAUCAAAUGAUGCAUGACAACAAGAACAAGGAGUGCUGCUUGUGUUUUUAUAAAAAUGCGGUGUUAUUCUUACUAGUUUGGGCAGAAGUCCCACGUGGAGUGUUCCCGCUUCUCUCCUGAUGGUCAGUACUUGGUCACGGGAUCAGUUGAUGGUUUCAUCGAGGUCUGGAACUUCACCACAGGCAAAAUCAGAAAGGUGCGUGUGCGAUCCAACACCAAAUGAUACUCGGAUUUGUGGCAAUUUGAGAAAUAACACUGGAUUUCAAUUCAUGGAGUUUUGAAAAUACCCUUGCUAGCGUUUCGUAAAAUGACCUAAUCAAAUGUUUGUGUGAUAGGAUCUGAAGUACCAGGCGCAGGAUAACUUCAUGAUGAUGGAUGAUGCAGUGCUGUGUAUGUGCUUCAGCAGGGACACAGAGAUGCUGGCCACAGGAGCCCAGGAUGGCAAAAUAAAGGUAUGUACUGUAGUGCUGAGCGAUUAACCGAAAUGUUGGUUAUUUUCCAGUUUUUAAACAACUAAUUGACCAACGUCGGUUAAAUUAUUUGAAUUCCAUUUCGUUCUGGUUUUUUCUGUGAGCUCGAUGUGCAGUUUCUGUAGAGAUAAAUCAGAUCAUGCCUGAACUGUGCGAUGUAGUAGGGAGUUGUAGUUUCCAACAGGCCAAUAUUCUACAUAGUUUAGCGCAGAAAACGUGGUAAUUAACUACAAUAACCAUAAUCCAUUGCACACCUGCUUAAACUUGUCCGGUCUGUGCGGAGCUGACACGGAGACUGAGAGAACCGCGAUCGAGAGGGAUAGAUGGAUAGAAAGCAGUUGCUUCGCAAGCCUGAAAAUGCAUGAUCUAAGUGGUUGAUAGUUGGUAUUCAGCAGUCAUAAAAGUAUGCCUUAUUUAUUUUGAAGAACUACUAAAAUAGUGAUUUAGUCAGACAGCAUAGGCAGCAGCUAUAAAGAGAUGAGAUGAUGAUUUGGAAUUAAAUAAUAGUUGUCAAAUAAAAGUAAUGAUGGUUAAUAAGUGAUAAGCAGUAAUGGGCAGUCACUACCAUCAUGGGACUUUCAUUAAUAGAUUUAUUCUGUGUUACAGCAUUCAACCGACAUAAUGCAUUGUGCAUUUAAUGUAAAAAAAAAAGAUUGAACUCAAAAACAGUGAUUAGUUUGUAAUAAUCGAACUGAAAACGAACUGACCUCAAAAAGCACUAAUCGCUCAGCACUAAUGUACUGACACUAUAGAGCCUUUCAACUGUCAAAACAAUAACACGUUCUACACUGAGUGUACAAAACAUUAAGAACAUCUGCUCUUUCCAUGACAUAGACUGACCAGGUGAAUACAGGUGAAAACUAGGAUCCCUUAUUGAUGUCACCUGUUAAAUCCACUUCAAUCAGUGUAGAUGAAGAGGAGGAGACAGGUUAAAGGAGGAUUUGAAAGAAUUGAGACAUGGAUUAAGUAUGUGUGCCAUUCAGAGGGUGAAUGGGCAAGACAAAAUAUUGAAUAUAUUUUGAAUAGGGGAAAAUCCUAGCCAAUUUUGAGCGCUGAGAGACUGUUUUACAACCGGGGUAUGCAGCAUUGGUUUCAUCAACUGCACACCAGUAUCAAUAGCGGGUUGGACAUUUGCGGUUAUAGCCUACACAAGUGCCGGUGGAAAGUUAUUUUAGGACAUCAGACAUGACAAUGAAAUGAAUACAUGCUAAAUAGUUGACUAGGGAGUUAACCAUCCAAACUAUACAACAUGUAUUGAAUUGGCUAUCUAGUUAGUCUGUUAGACUAUAUAAUUACUUUACCUGCUGCGCAAUGUCUCGCUCGCUCUCUCUUCAGGCAACUACCCCACUGGCAAACAUACAGGUGAUGCACACACCAUGACUUUUCCAGGAUUUUCAUUGCUGACCAAAAGUGAGCUAUAACUGGGUAAAUAACUAAUUCACUAGCAAUGAAUAUCAACAUUUGCUCACACGCAGUUAGGCACACUUUGAUAAAAAACAACACAUCUCACGUGAUUGAAAGACCGCUGGCGCCUGUCAGUGCAGGCCUGCAAUAAUUAUACUCCAAUGCGUUCCGAAGGACUCUUUGAUACAAUUCUGAUCGGAGUAGCCUAAUUGUUUGAUAUUGUGAUUUUGGGGAGAUUUAUUUUGUACUUGUCCAUUUGGACAACUUAAUGUAUAAUCUGCUUGUCCGGCAAUAAUUUUUUACUUACCCCGGGCAAGCGGACAAGCUUUAAUGUCGAGCCCUGCCAUAACCCCACUGCCACCAUGGGGCACUGUUCACAAUGUUGACAUCAGCAAACCGCUCGCCCACACGACGCCAUACACGCUGUCUGCUAACUGCCCGGUACAGUUGAACUCGGGAUUCAUCCUUGAGGAGCACACUUCUCCAGUGUGCCAGUGGCCAUCGGAAGGUGAGCAUUUGCCCGCUGAAGUCAGUUACGACUCCGAACUGCAGUCAUGUCAAGACCGUGGUGAGGAUGACGAGCACGCAGAUGAGCUUCCCUGAAUUCUUUGGUUGUGUAAACCUACCGUUUCAUCAGCUGUUCGGGUGGCUAGUCUCAGACGAUCCCGCAGGUGAAGAAGCCUGAUGUGGAGGUCCUGGGCUGGUGUGGUUACACGUGGUCUGUGGUUGAGGCAGGUUGGACGUGCUGCCAAAUUCUCUAAAGUUCUUAUGGUAGAGAAAUGAACAUUACAUUAUCUGGCAACAGCUCUGGUGGACAUUCCUGCAGUCAGCAUGCAAAUUGUACACUCCCUCAACUUGAGACAGCUAUGGCAUUGUGUUUUGUGACAAAACUGCACAUUUUAGAGUGGCCUUUUAUUGUCCCCAGCACAACAUGCACCUGUGUAAUGAUCAUGCUGUUUAAUCCGCUUCUUGAUAUGCCACACCUGUCAGGUGGAUGGAUUAUCUUGGCAAAGGAGAAAUGCUCACUAACAGGGAUGUAAACACAUUUGUGCAUAAGCUUUUUGUGCGUAUGGAAAAUGGGACCAAUACUUUACAUGAAGCGUUUUAUAUUUUUGUUCAGUAUACAAAUACUAGAACUGACACCUUGUGGUUAUAAUGUUGAACUGCAUAUGAUUACACCAGGAUCAUACAUAACAUGAAGCAAACAAAUAUUUUGAAAUUAAAUCAAAUGAACCUUUAAAUAUUCCUUUCUGCACACCCUCAUGAUGGUGAUAUUUGCUAAUGAUGUCUCUCUCCUGUGCAUGUCAUCCUUAAGGCCUACCUUCAAGGGUAGGGCUUGCACUAAUCCAUUUCAUGACGGCAUGUACACUAGCUGUAGGAGUCAAAUCUUGUAUCCUUCAACAUGCUUAGCCUCAUUGUCUAAUGAAAAAUAACCCACACUGCUCUUGCCAGUAUCAGCCUUUUCUUUUCAAGAUAUUAGCAAAUGAUCCUUACACAUGUUAUCUCAGAUGUAAGUGGUUUUUAAUAUUCCUAAUAAUAUCAUUUAAAAUUGAGAAAACCUCAACAAAAUGUCAACAAUGUGUGACGACUUGCUAAUCCUGUUUCAGUAUAGAAAUGACAAGCCUCAUUGGACAUGCCCACGAAGCCGAUACUAAUCCCAUCAUAUGUCUGCAUGAGGCAUGCAUGCCAUAAAUAAUUUCACAACCACUGUAAGCAAUGGAAGCAAAAGGGUAGAGCAUGGAUAGUGGAGGCAAGAGAAAUACCCUGGAGAGUGAACACAGUGAAGGGUCACUUUUACAUGGGCAGCAAAGUAGCCAUUUUAAUGUAUGAGUUCCAUCCCUGUAUGGCUGACGGGGCCGGGACGCAAACCUUAAUCAAAUGAAGCUAGCGUGCCAACCACUGGAGAAGGAGAGUUGAAUGAAGCAAAAUUGCAGGAGGGGUGACGGGUGCUUUCGCAAUUCAUCCUCGAUUCCUCUCAUCACCUUCUCAAAACCCAUUUGAGAAGAAAGUCAGAGGGGAGGGACCUUGUACCUUCUCCAAUACAGUUGCGAUAGGAUGUGAGUAAUCAAGGAAAGACAAAGUGAGACAAAGCCCUAGUAGUCAUCGUGUGGUGAUGUCACCCACCCUGAGACUUCAAGUAUUGUUAUCCUAGCCCAACCAAGAUCAUGGUUUUGGUAGGAUAAUGGACGCUGCUUUGCGGGUUUGAAGUGUUGUUGUGGACAGGGGUUGCAUCCUAGGUCAGCCAUACAGGGAUCGUUACACUCACACCAAUAAUCAAGGACAUCAGCUGCAACUGCAAAUCUGUGCAAUGUCAGACAAAAUCAGAGUGAAUGACAACCAAAUAAAACAGACAAACAGGGAAUGUUCAAUGUCCAAACAAUACAAAAUACUUAAUUCAAAGAAUCAACACUUCAUUUCAUAUCCUACAAAGACAGCUUAUGUAAAUGUUAGUGGGUUUAGCCAUCCAUCUUACUCCAAAACAAGAGAUGAUUGAAUAGUUAAAUGAAUAGUGUCUAAUACAAAUAAUCAGCAGAAUGUCAGGGCUGGGCUGGAACAGAAACCAGCACACCCAGUAGCUAGAUAUCUAGGAGCAAGGUUGGCCAUGCAUGUUCUAAAUCUAUGUAAUGUUACUUAACAGUAUAUUUGUAAUCUUACAACCAAUUCUAACAGUAAACCGAUAUCAUAUGUAACCCAUUGGAGAUAUACCCUUCAGUCUCUCCAGGACUUGGGACCUUCAUCUGCAGACCGGGUUAAGCAGCUUUCACAGGUCUCUGUAUCUGAGGUUAGGAAACAUCGAAAUUAGACCAGGACUUGAUUCAUUAUUCUCAAGUGAUAUAACAUUUCAUAUUGUUGCAAUUGUUUUUGUAUUGUCAUAGUUCUCUCUUUGGGACUGGAAAUCUGUUUAUUAGCUAGCUAGGUAGCUAACAUUGUUGUUUUUAGCAGAUCAAGCUAACAUUUGUGUCAUACAUUUUUUGUGGGGAUGGCUGUCUAUCCUAAUUAUAUGUAGCUAUCUAGCUGACGUUACCUAGAAUAGAUGCUGUAAACCAAUGACCUGUGUGCUACACAUCAUCCUGCGGCUAAUGUUACUAUCCAUGCAGGCAAUGCAGCCCGCUGCGAUGCUUCUUUGGGAAAUCUUUAAAUUGCAAAAAUAGAUUUGUCUCUGCUCGUAAGGACCAUCCCACCCAUGAAUACUAUGGUCCAAAUGCUAAUUUUGACCUUGAUAAAACAACUAGACUAAGCUAGUUAGCCUAGCUGUUUACAGCUGCGAUGGAACAGCUGUUUACAAAUGCACCGGAAGUUCUUUGGGGUUCCAGGGUUCACUUCCGCGCCUCCUUAAAAAGGUCUAUAGGAGUUCUCACUUUUGAUGUUCAAACUCUUGCAUUGGGUUGAGUGGAUACUCACACUACCGUCCCUACCUCAUUUCUCCUCUGACAGGUAUGGAAGAUCCAGAGUGGCCAGUGCUUGCGGCGCUUUGAGCGCGCCCACAGUAAAGGUGUCACCUGCCUCAGUUUCUGCAAGGACAGCAGCCAGCUGCUCAGUGCCUCAUUUGACCAGACCAUUAGGUAACCUUCAUAAAUGAAACUAUUUUUCUCUCAUGCUUUCUCUUUUCUGACUUUCUCCUUUUUUCUGCCUAUAGAUCAGUGGUCACCAAUGAACCAUAACUGUUAUGUUUUUGCGUUCCACAGGGUUCACGGGCUGAAGUCAGGCAAGUCGCUGAAAGAGUUCCGAGGACAUUCUUCGUUUGUUAAUGAAGCAACAUUCACACCUGACGGCCACCAUAUCAUCAGCGCUUCCUCUGACGGCACCGUAAAGGUAUGACCCCCACGCUGCUAGAAGCCAACAGUCCCAUAAUCUACAAGUCGAACAUCUCAUUCCAAAAUCAUGGGCAUUAAUAUGGAGUUGGUCUUCCCGUUGCUGCUAUAACAGCUUCCACUCUAAUGGGAAGGCUUUCCACUAGAUGUUUGAACAUUGCUGCGGGGACUUGCUUCCAUUCAGCCACGAGCAUUAGUGAGGUUGGGCACUGAUGUUGGGCGAUUCGGCCUGGCUCACAGUCUGCAUUCCAAUUCAUCCCAAAGGUGUUCGAUGGGUUUGAGGUCAGGGCUCUGUGUCAGGGCUCCAAGUUCUUCCACACCGAUCUCAACAAGCCAUUUCUGUAUGGACCUCGCUUUCUGCACGGGGGCGUUGUCAUGCUGAAACAGGAACAGGCCUUCCCCAAACUGUUGCCACAAAGUUGGAAGCACAGAAUCGUCUAGAAUGUCAUUGUAUGCUGUAGGGUCCUAGCCCGAACCAUGGAAAACAGCCCCAGACCAUUAUUCCUCCUCCGCCAAACUUUACAGUUGGCACUAUGCAUUCGGGCAGGUAACGUUCUCCUGGCAUCCGCCAAACCCAGAUUCGUCCGUCGGACUGCCAGAUGGUGAAGCGUGAUUCAUCACUCCAGAGAACGCGUUUCCAGAGUCCAAUGGCGGCGAGCUUUAAACCACUCCAGCCGACGCUUGACAUUGCGCAUGGUGAUCUUAGGCUUGUGUGCGGCUGCUCGUCCAUGGAAACCCAUUUCAUGAAGCUCCCAACGAACACUUCUUGUGCUGAAGUUGCUUCCAGAGGCAGUUUGGAACUCAAUAGUGAGUGUUGCAACCGAGGACAGACGAUUUUUACGCGCUAUGUGCUUCAUCACUCGGCGGUCCCGUUCUGUGAGCUUGUGUGGCCUACCACUUCGCGGCUGAGCCGUUGUUGCGCCUAGACAUUUCCACUUCACAAUAACAGCACUUACAGUUGACUGGGGCAGCUCUAGCAGGGCAGAAAUUUGACGAACUGACUUGUUAGAAAGGUGGCAUCCUAUGACGGUGCCAUGUUGAAAGUACUGAGCUCUUCAGUAAGGCCAUUCUACUGCCAAUGUUUGUCUAUGGAGAUUGCAUGGCUGUGUACUCUAUUUUAUACACCACCUGUCAGCAUUUGAAGGGGUGUCCACAUACUUUUGUGUGUACAGUGCAUGUUGUUACGCUACAGCCUUAUUCUGAAAUGGAUUAAAUUGUUUUUUUCCCCUCCUCAAUCUACACACAAUACCCCAUAAUGACAAAGCAAAAACAGUUUUUUAGAAAUUGUAGCAAAUGUAUAAAAAAAUAAACGUAUCACAUUUACAUAAGUAUUCAGACCCUUUACUAAGUACUUUGUUGAAGCACCUUUGGCAACGAUUACAGCCUCAAGUCUUUUUGGGUAUGACGCUACAAACUUGGCACACGUGUAUUUGGGGUGUUUCUCCCAUUCUUCUCUGCAGAUCCUCAAGCUCUGUCAGGUUGGAUGGGGAGCGUCGCAGCAUGUCUAUUUUAAGGUCUCUCCAGAGAUGUUUGCUCGGGUUAAAGUCCGGGAUCUGGCUGGGCUACUCAAGGACAUUGAGAGACUUGUCCCGAAGCCACUCCUGCGUUGUCUUGGCUGUGUGCUUAGGGUCGUUGUCCUGUUGGAAGGUGAACCUUCGCCCCAGUCUGAGGUCCUGAGCGCUCUGGAGCAGGUUUUCAUCAAGGAUCUCUCUGUACUUUGCUCCAUUCAUCUUUCCCUCGAUCCUGACUAGUCUACCAGUCCCUGCCGCUGAAAAACAUCCCCACAGCAUGAUGCUGCCACCACCAUACUUCACCGUAGGGAUAGUGCCAGGUUUCCUCCAGACGUGACGCUUGGCAUUCAGGCCAAAGAGAUCAAUCUUGGUUUCAUCAAACCAGAGAAUCUUGUUAUUCAUGGUCUGAGAGUCCUUUAGGUGCCUUUUGGCAAACUCUAAGCGGGCUGUCAUGUGCCUUUUACUGAGGAGUGGCUGCUGUCUGGUCACUCUACCAUAAAGGCCUGAUUGGUGGAGUGCUGCAGAGAUGGUUGUCCUUCUGGAAGUUUCUCCCAUCUCCACAGAGGAGCUCUGUCAGAGUUACCAUCAGGUUCUUGGUCACCUCCCUGACCAAGGCCCUUCUCCCACGGUCGCUCAGUUUGGCCGGGUGGCCAGCUCUUGGUGGUUCCAAACUUCUCCAAUUUAAGAAUGAUGGAGGCCACUCUGUUCUUGGGGAUCUUCAAUGCUGCAGACAUUUUUUGGUGCCCUUCCCCAGAUCUCUGCCUCGACACAAUCCUGUCUCGGAGCUCUACAGAUAAUUCCUUCGACCUCAUGGCUUGGGAUUUGCUCUUAUAUGCACUGUCAACUGUGGGACCUUAUGUUGACAGGUGCGUGCCUUUCCAAAUCAUGUCCAAUCAAUUGAAUUUACCACAGGUGGACUCCAAUCAAGUUGUAGAAACAUUUCAAGGAUGAUCAAUACAAACAGGAUGCACCUGAACUCAAUUUCGAGUCUCAUAGCAAGGGGUCUGAAUACUUUUUUUAAAAUAUACAUUUGCAAAAAAUUCUAACAACCUGUUUUCUCUGUCAUUAUGGAGUAUUGUGUUUAAUCCAUUUUAGAAUAAGGCUGUAACGUAACAACAUGUGGAAAUAGUCAAGGGGUCUAAAUACUUUCCGAAUGCACUGUAUAUACACUGCUCAAAAAAAUAAAGGGAACACUUAAACAACACAAUGUAACUCCAAGUCAAUCACACUUCUGUGAAAUCAAACUGUCCACUUAGGAAGCAAUACUGAUUGACAAUAAAUUUCACAUGCUGUUGUGCAAAUGGAAUAGACAACAGGUGGAAAUUAUAGGCAAUUAGCAAGACACCCCCAAUAAAGGACUGGUUUUGCAGGUGGUGACCACAGACCACUUCUCAGUUCCUAUGCUUCCUGGCUGAUGUUUUGGUCACUUUUGAAUGCUGGCGGUGCUUUCACUCUAGUGGUAGCAUGAGACGGAGUCUACAACCCACACAAGUGGCUCAGGUAGUGCAGCUCAUCCAGGAUGGCACAUCAAUGCGAGCUGUGGCAAGAAGGUUUUCUGUGUCUGUAAGCGUAGUGUCCAGAGCAUGGAGGCGCUACCAGGAGACAGGCCAGUACAUCAGGAGACGUGGAGGAGGCCGUAGGAGGGCAACAACCCAGCAGCAGGACUGCUACCUACGCCUUUGUGCAAGGAGGAGCAGGAGGAGCACUGCCAGAGCCCUGCAAAAUGACCUCCAGCAGGCCACAAAUGUGCAUGUGUCUGCUCAAACGGUCAGAAACAGACUCCAUGAGGGUGGUAUGAGGGCCCGACGUCCACAGGUGGGGUUUGUGCUUACAGCCCAACACCGUGCAGGACGUUUGGCAUUUGCCAGAGAACACCAAGAUUGGCAAAUUUGCCACUGGCGCCCUGUGCUCUUCACAGAUGAAAGCAGGUUCACACUGAGCACGUGACAGACGUGACGGAGUCUGGAGACGCCGUGGAGAACGUUCUGCUGCCUGCAACAUCCUCCAGCAUGACCGGUUUGGCGAUGGGUCAGUCAUGGUGUGGGGUGGCAUUUCUUUGGGGGGGCCGCACAGCCCUCCAUGUGCUCGCCAGAGGUAGCCUGACUGCCAUUAGGUACCGAGAUGAGAUCCUCAGACCCCUUGUGAGACCAUAUGCUGGUGUGGUUGGCCCUGGGUUCCUCCUAAUGAAAGACAAUGCUAGACCUCAUGUGGCUGGAGUGUGUCAGCAGUUCCUGCAAGAGGAAGGCAUUGAUGCUAUGGACCGCCCGUUCCCCAGACCUGAAUCCAAUUGAGCACAUCUGGGACAUCAUGUCUCGCUCCAUCCACCAACGCCACGUUGCACCACAGACUGUCCAGGAGUUGGCGGAUGCUUUAGGCCAGGUCUGGGAGGAGAUCCCUCAGGAGACCAUCCGCCACCUCAUCAGGAGCAUGCCCAGGCGUUGUAGGGAGGUCAUACUUUUUUGAGCAGUGUAUAUAGCGUAAAUUGACUUGUCUCCACCCAAUAGCAGAUUGUUUAAUUCAUGGUAUGACCAGUAUACCUUUAUUUAUAGCAUAAUAUACAGUACCAGUCAAACGUUUGGACACCUACUCAUUCAAGGGUUUUUCUUUAUUUAUACUAUUUUCUACAUUGUAGAAUAAUAGUGAAGACAUUAAAACGAUGAAAUGUAACACAUAUGGAAUCAUGUAGUAACCAAAAAAGUGUUAUUCAAAUAAACAAAUAUUUUAGAUUCUUCAAAGUAGCCACCCUUUGCCUUGAUGACAGCUUUGCACACUCUUGGCAUUCUCUCAACCAGCUUCAUGAGGAAUGCUUUUCCAACAGUCUUGAAGGAGUUCCCACAUAUGCUAAGUACUUGUUGGCUGCUUUUCCUUCACUCUGCGGUCCAACUCAUCCCAAACCAUCUCAAUUGGGUUGAAGUCGGGGGAUUGUGGAGGCCAGGUCAUCUGAUGCAGCACUCCAUCACUCUCCUUCUUGGUCAAAUAGCCCUUACACAGCCUGGAGGUGUGUUUUGGGUCAUUGUCCUGUUUAAAAACAAAUGAUAGUCCCACUAAGCGCAAACCAGAUGGGAUGGUGUAUCGCUGCAGAAUGCUGUGGUAACCAUGCCGGUUAAGUCUGCCUUGAAUUCUAAAUAUAUCACAGACAGUGUCACCAGCAAAGCACCAUCACACCACCUCCUCCAUGCUUCACGGUGGGAACCACACAUGCGGAGAUAAUCCGUUCACCUACUCUGCGUCUCACAAAGACAAGCGGAUUGUAACCAAAAAUCUCAAAUUUGGACGCCAGACCAAAGGACAGAUUUCCACCGGUCUAAUGUCCAUUGCUCGUGUUUCUUGGCCCAAGCAAGUCUCUUCUUAUUAUUGGUGCCCUUUAGUAGUGGUUUCUUUGCAGCAAUUCGACCAUGAAGACCUGAUUCAUGCAGUCUCCUCUAAACAGUUGAUGUUGAAAUGUGUCUGUUACUUGAACUCUGUGAAGCAUUUAUUUGGGCUGCAAUUUCUGAGGCUGGUAAGUCUAAUGAACUUAUCCUCUGCAGCAGAGGUAACUCUGGGUCUUCCUUUCCUGUGGCGGUCCUCAUGAGAGCCAGUUUCAUCAUAGCGCUUGAUGGUUUUUGCGACAGCAAAGUUCUUGAAAUGUUCCAGAUUGACUGACCUUCAUGACUUAAAGUAAUGAUGGACUGUUGUUUCUCUUUGCUUAUUUGAGCUGUUCUUGCCAUAAUAUGGACUUGGUAUUUACCAUAUAGGGCUAUCUUCUAUAUACCACCCUACCUUUUCACAACACAACUGAUUGGUUCAAACACAUUAAGAAAGAAAUUCCACAAAUUAGCUUUUAACAAGGCACACCUGUUAAUUGAAAUGCAUUCCAGGUGACUACCUCAUGAAGCUGGUUGAGAGAAUGCCAAGAGUCAUCAAGGCAAAGGGUGGCUACUUUGAAGAAUCUAAAAUAUUUUGAUUUGUUUAUUUCAUAGUUUUGAUGUCUUCACUAUUAUUCUACAAUGUAGAAAAUAGUUUUAAAAAACAAAGAAAAACCCUUGAAUGAGUAGGUGUCCAAACUUUUGACUGGUACUGUAUGUUCUCGGCUUUUGAUUGUUAACCCUUGUCCGUGAAUCUCUGUCAGGUCUGGAACAUGAAAACCACAGAAUGCACCAACACCUUCAAGUCCCUUGGCACUUCGGCCGGCACCGACAUCACAGUCAACAACGUCAUCCUGCUGCCCAAGAACCCAGAGCACUUUGUGGUGUGCAACCGCUCCAACACCGUAGUCAUCAUGAACAUGCAGGGCCAGGUCAGGACUCAACUUGACCACUUACAGUCAUUAAACACUUAUAACUGAAUGAGUAUGAAGUAUUCAUUUUGAAUAUUUGAAAAUGAUAGACAUGUAAUGUAUUACCUUAUUCCCCCUCUGUCCUCCAGAUUGUGAGGAGUUUCAGCUCUGGUAAGAGGGAGGGAGGAGACUUUGUCUGCUGUACGCUGUCUCCCCGUGGCGAGUGGAUCUACUGUGUAGGAGAGGACUUUGUACUCUACUGCUUUAGCACAGUCACCGGCAAGCUGGAGAGAACCCUGACAGUAUGUGUAUUCCUAAUCAUCAAUAUUUUAAUACCGUAUGCCUUAACUGUGGAGGAUCUCCUCCUACAAUAUUGCACCAAUUUUCUUUAUUUUAGGCUCGAAAGAAGCACGUUGUCCUCUUACAUGCCACUGGCCACAUUAUAUUCCACUUUUGUUUUGGAAUGUCCGGUAUCCCGGGAUACCAUGCUGUCACAAUGUAAAUGAUGCAAGCAUUUGUAGGCCAAUGUAUCUGUAGAAUGACUACAUUACCUAUAAUGUUCAUUGAUUGGUAAUUCCAAAUGACCAUGGCAAUUAUGCAUCACAAUAGUUAUAUUAAUAUGCAACAUGCAGCAAUCCAUGGUAUCCAAGGUUGGCUACUAUGAACUGAGCUGCUGUGCAUAUAGCACCCUAAUUCCCUGUGUGAAAUCUUCAACGGCAGAUCUCAAGACCCACUGCCUGUUUUCCCCAAAUCUUAAACUAACCCUCAAAUCCUUUCAAAUAAUGCAAAUAAAGCAAGGUGCAUAAUGAUCACUAUGUCUAAACAUAGGCAACAAACGUGAGCUGGUAGAUUAGUCCGCCCACACGGGAGAGAUGGAGAUUACAUUCCCAGUUUGGAUGCGCAUCGGACAUGCAGGACCAGCCCUAACAUAUAGGCCUACUGUUUUUAUUAACAUAGGUCUACCAUGAAGCCAUGUUAUCUAUCAAAACAUGUAAUUUUAAAGAGAAAGCAUGUGCCAUGAUCCGACAGGAAAUAGGCCUAUGGGAGUUGUUUUUUUAUGCUCCGGAGAGUAUAUUACUGGUAUAUAUCCAGACACCCAAAAACUGAACAGAUGAAUGCAUUUUGAUUUGCAGGUGGGGUGAAUUGCAUUGCAAUCAUUAAAAACAUUUACCUCAAGCCUGGUUAAAACUGUUACUUCCCAAUUAUAAAAAUAAGAGUUGUUUAUUUAUUUUCAUGUGUGUUGAUGUAAUUUAGUCAGACAGGGUCAGGGACAAUGCACGUAAUUCAACAUUGUCCAUUCGGAAAGUAUUCAGACCCCUUGACUUUUUCGACAUUUUGUUACGUUACAGCCUUAUUCUAAAAUUGAUUACAUAAUUUUUUGGUCCUCAUCAAUCUACACACAAUAUCCCAUAAUGACAAAGCAAAAACAGUUUUUUUUAUUAUUUUGCAAAUGUAUUACAAAUAAACAGAAAUACCUUAUUUACAUAAGUAUUCAGACCCUUUGCUAUGAGACUCGAUAAUUGAGCUCAGGUGCAUCCUGUUCCAUUGAUCAUCCUUGAGAUGUUUCUACAACUUGAUUGUAGUCCUCCUGUGGUAAAUUCAAUUGAUUGGACAUGAUUUGGAAAGGCACACACCUGUCUAUAUAAGGUCCCACAGUUGACAGUGCAUGUCAGAGCAAAAACCAAGCCAUGAGGUCGAAGGAAUUAUCCCUAGAGCUCCGAGACAGGAUUGUGUCGAGGCACAGAUCUGAGGAAGGGUACCAAAAGUCACCUAAAAGCCUCUCAGACCAUGAAACAAGAUUCUCUGGUCUGAUGAAACCAAGAUUGAACUCUUUGGCCUGAAUGCCAAGCGUCAUGUCUGGAUGAAACCUGGCACUAUCCCUAAGGUGAAGCAUGGUGGUAGCAGCAUCAUGCUGUGGGGAUGUUUUUCAGCGGCAGGGACUGGGAGACUAGUCAGGAUCGAGGGAAAGAUGAACGGAGCAAAGUACAGAGAGAUCCUUUGAUGAAAACCUGCUCCAGAGCACUCAGGACCUCAGACUGGGGCGAAGGUUCACCUUCCAACAGGACAACAACCCUAAGCACACAGCCAAGACAACGCAGGAGUGGCUUCAGGACAAGUCUCUGAAUGUCCUUGAGUGGCCCAGCCAGAGCCCAGACUUGAACCCAAUCAAAUAUUUCUGGAGAGACCUGAAAAGUGUGCCAAGCUUGUAGCAUCAUACCCAAAAAGACUUGAGGCUGUAAUCGCUGCCAAAGGUGCUUCAACAAAGUACUGAGUAAAGGGUCUGAAUACUUAUGGAAAUGUGAUAUUUUCGGGGUUUUUUAUACAUUUGCUCAAAUUUCUAAAAACCUGUUUUUGCUUUGUCAUUAUGGGGUAUUGUGUGUAGAUUGAUGAGGGGGAAAAAAACAAUUUAAUCAAUUUUAGAAUAAGGCUGUAACGUAACUAAAUAUGGAAAAAGUCAAGGUGUCUGAAUACUUUCCAAAUGCACUGUAUAUUAUCACACCGGAUAGGUGGAGUGAAAUGUGUUGUUUUACAGGGUCAGCCAUAGUAGGAUGGUGCCCCUGAAGCAAACUAGGGUUAAGUGCCUUGCUCAAGGGCACAUUAACAGAUUUUUCACCUUCUCGGCUCGUCGAACCAGCGACCUUACGGUUACUGGCCCAACGCUUUAACCACUAGGCUACCUGCCGCCCUCGUUAGAUUAAUGUGAAAUUGCCUGGAUUGACUAUAGCCUAAAGGUUGUAUUAGAAUCUCAUCAUGACAUCUCGUCUCCCCUACCCCAGGUCCAUGAGAAGGAUGUGAUUGGCAUCGCCCACCACCCCCACCAGAACCUCAUCUCCACGUACAGUGAGGACGGCCUACUCAAACUCUGGAAACCCUGAGCAUAGCCCUGCUUAACCCCACAAGCCCCCUUCCAUCGGCAUGCCAGCUGCUCUUCCCAUGGGACUGUGCAGUGCUUUCCCUACCAUCUCUUUACUGCAGGCCGGGUAGGGUCUCCCAUCUAGCUCUGUUGUUCAUGCCAAAAUGCUUUGGCCCCAAUUAAUAUCAAUUGGCAGUCCGUGUUGCUGUUUUGGGGCUCCUGCGCUACGCCUAAGACGAGGUCUAGCGGGGGGAAACACUGGGGUAUUGGGAGUGCAGGCGUAGGCAUUAGAAAUACUUGUUUUUUAUAUAUAAAAAAUAUUCAUGUAAAUAUAUUUUUUAAUUGCAUUUAUU